UGGAGUUCCCGGCUGUCUUUUGUGUGCUGCUGGAGAAAGGAUUACCUAAAUAAUAACUGACAGCUGUGGGCUCGAUUCCAGCCAACAGGGUCUGUACCAGCUGUUGUAGCUACCAAAGAAGAUAAUAGACAGACUUGGCGCAAUUCUUUGUGUUUAUUGGCUGCUUGAACUUUGUCCGUGGUCAUUCCUAAUGAUUGACAAGAAAUUUGCACUUCUAGCCAGUUUUACAGUCGGUUGUGACGUAUGUGCAGUUUUAGAGUAUUUGAACGUUAUUUUACCCAUGUUGUCUGCAUUGAAAUCGCAACUUGGUGUUUGCAUCCUUUCCCGAACAUCUUAUGUGGUAAAGAAAAGAUUUUAUGGUAGUGGACGAACGGAAUGACUGGGGUGUGCUGAGCCAAUGAGGUUCUCCGACUGACACCUAACAACAACAACGUACUAACAGCUGUUCUCAUAAACCCACAGGGUGAAUGGAUAAGCUGACUGUAAACAUGGCGGCAGAGGACCAGGUACCUGGGGAAACAGCCACAGUGACGGCCUUCUCUGUAGUGGACUCCUCUCGCCUUUCAACAUUCGUCAUCUCUAUCCUCCUCAUAGUUUAUGGAAGCUUUAGAUCCCUGAACCUAGAGCAGGAGCGAAUGGAGCGAGAGAAGGAGAAAGAUGGCUAUCCAGCUCAGAAUGGAGCCACACCUCCAACUGAAGCUGACUCAACUGACAUGCAGACGAUAAACUCCUGUCAGGCAAUGUUCCUCCCAAUCGGUGCAUCUGUAUCCCUGCUAGUCAUGUUCCUCUUCUUUGACUCUCUCCAGAUGAUAUUUGCUAUAUGUACUGCAGUGCUGGCCACAGUGGCAUUUGCUUUCCUGCUCCUCCCCAUGUGCCAAUACUUAAUCCGACCCUGUACCACCGGGCAAAAAAUUUCCUUCGGUGUUUGUGGCCGUUUCACAGCAGCUGAAAUUCUUUCAUUCUGUAUGUCCUUUCUCAUUGUGUGCGUGUGGGUGCUAACAGGCCAUUGGCUGCUAAUGGAUGCUCUGGGCAUGGGCCUAUGUGUGGCGUUCAUCGCGUUAGUGCGGCUACCCAGCCUCAAGGUUUCCACCCUGCUGCUGGUGGGACUGCUGGUCUAUGAUGUCUUCUGGGUGUUUUUCUCAUCAUACAUAUUUAGUGCCAACGUAAUGGUCAAGGUGGCCACAAGGCCAGCAGAGAAUCCUGUUGGGAUUUUUGCUAAAAAGUUGCACUUGACUGGUCUGGUAAAGGAUGCUCCCAAGCUCUCACUACCUGGCAAGCUGGUGUUCCCGAGCAUGCAGAACUCCAGUCAUUUUUCCAUGUUAGGGUUAGGAGAUAUAGUUAUGCCGGGGUUGUUGUUAUGUUUUGUGCUACGCUACGACGCCUACAAGAGAGCACAGUUAGUCGGCAACGCAGAAACAGGAGUUCCCCCACCUCCAAAUUAUGUACAGCGAAUCACAUACUUCCAUUGCUCACUUGUAGGAUAUUUUUUAGGUUUGUUGACGGCCACUGUUUCCUCAGAAGUGUUCCGGGCGGCCCAGCCUGCUCUACUCUAUCUUGUACCCUUCACAUUGCUGCCCCUGCUUACUAUGGCGUACCUCAAGGGUGACUUGCGAAGAAUGUGGCAUGAACCGUUCAUCCAGGCAGGAGCCCCAGCCAAGUUCAUGGAAGUCUGACCCUCUGCUAGAAGCCUGAUGGCCUACUGGAUGUCUGACUGCCUGCCUGCCUGCCAUCUGGCAGCUAGAAGCAUAACCACCUGUUGGUGACAUGAGUGAAAGGUGAAAUAUUUGUGACAAGUAAGCGAAUCAGAAGCGGAGAAUAACAGCAUUUGUUUUUUGUGCCCAGAAAUGAAGGAAUUUAAAUUGAAUUCAGGUAUUGGAGGAUAUCAAGGAAAUUGUGUGAUGCUGAAGUCUUUCCGUGGCUAAUUGUGAAACAUUUAUAAAGACGUACAAUGUGUAUGGAGUGAAGGACACAGAGUUUCAGCUUGUCCGUAUUUCCUGUGCUGGGUGUUCGUGGACCUCAUAGGUCAGUGACUCAAGAAGCAGGGUAUUACAAGGGUGAGUUUGUGAAGGGUGAACAACCUCCCUGAUUGCACAACGAAAGAAAACAUUAAAACCCGUGCAACAGGAAAGACUUUUACUGACUUUUUGGUCAUAUGAUCAGCCCUUCAGUAAGAUUAUUUCUGAUUGGGUAGAUGCUUCCAUAUUGUGGCCAUAACACGUUUUAUACACCAGUGGUCAAACUUCCACUUGUCAUUUCCGUGUAUUACUUAUUUUAUGUCCAAGAAAUUUUACGUUUCAUUUGGAAGUUUAACGUUUUUUAAGAAGACAUGGAAGUUUAUCAGGCUGGAUUGUCACCUUGUGCUUUAUGUGGUGGAUUUUUGCUUCCUUACCAGAAAGUGGACUCUUGGUCUGGGAUGCAUGUGUGAAAAAUCUACCAACUCCAUCAGUGUGUAAGUAAAGAUUGUGAAGUGUGAAAAAGAACAUUACCUUAUCCCUCAGAGAAAGGUUACCAUGGUUGAUCAACAAUUUGUCUGGAGGUCAGCUGGUUUUGAAUGACCAUAUAAGGAGGAGAUGGGGAAUUCCCAGGAGAAUCUUUCAGAAUGUAAAUGCUGAGUGUACUGUUGGUUAGAAUGCUUGGAGAUGGGCAGAGGAAACACCCGUUUCAUCCAAGUCAGUGUGGAUUCAGUACAAAAGUGUAUACAUGUACACUAACAACUGAGUGUGUUUUGGACUGUUGUUUCAUGAAAAAGGUGUUACGGUGCUUUUAUUUGUUUCACUUGUACAAAGUUUACAAGUUGUGAAAAAUUCCAUGUGUUUUAAACCAGUUGGAGGUGCACAUAGUGGUACAUUAUGUAAAUGGGAGUUUUGAAGAAAUCUGACCAUCUGAAAUGACAAAGUGAAAUUUUUUUUUUUUAUUUUUGGAUUUUGAAGAAACGAUGAUCUUGGUCUGUUGAACAUCAACCUGUACAUGUCCAGGGUAAGACGUGUCCUUCUUCCACAACUCUACUGAUCUCAGCACUACUCCCACACAUCAAACAGGGGCCCUGUCCCACCCUGUUCUUACUCUCUAGGUCGAAAGAAGUGGGUUUAACAGCGCUUGACCUCAUUCAUUUGGAUGGGAGGACAAGAGCUUGCUUCUUGUGACUUCGUCUUCCUGAAGGAACACAUCCUAUGUAGAAGUAACCGAGCAGGAUGCUCGACCAUCCAACUGUAGAAAGUUUGACCAGCCACUGCAGGAUGUUUGACAAGGCACUGCAGAAUGUUCGACAAGACACUGCAGGAUGUUUGACCAGCCACUGCAGGAUGUUCGACCAGCCACCGCACGAUGUUCGACCAGCCACCGCAGGAUGGUUAACGGGGCACUGCAAGAUGUUCGACCAGCCACGGCAGGAUGGUUAACGGGGCACUGCAAGAUGUUCGACCAGCCACCCCAGGAUGGUUAACGGGGCACUGCACGAUGUUCGACCAGCCACGGCAGGUUGCAUAAUGAAAUGUACAUACAGAGCACAAAACACAAGGUGGACGAGUAUUAUGGGAUAGUGGAAGUUCACAUGUAUUAGGCAGUGUGGAGACAUUUUUUGUGCUGUGUUUAUAUUGUGGACUUCAUUCUGCCAGGUUUCUGUUUUAUAUGGCCAGAACAAAGACAAUCUUAUUUAUGUUUUAUUUAUUCAUGAAUGCCUCACUCCAUUGAAAGCUUUUGGAGGUUGGAUGAAUGGAUGUACAUGUACUUGGGAGUUGCUAUCCUGUAUCAUGCGAGUAUGUAUAAAAUUGGUUUAUCAAGGACAAGUGUGAUUUGUCGAUUUUGUCUUCACAUGACUUUUCACUCCUCUGUUUAUAUCAUUUACAUGUACUUUAUCUACUCUCUUUGAAACAUAUUUAUAUGAAUUUUAUAGGCUUUAAAAAUGAUUGUAUAGGUCAAUGUUUUAUUUUUGUGUAGGUAUGUAAAAGGUUGUAGUUUUUAAUUCAUGGUUUAUAUAGGAGCGUGCUAUAGUGAAAAAAAAUUCUUUCUGAAAAAACUCCAUCUUCUGGACAAAUUUAAACAAAUUUGUUGUGGGUUUUGGUACUUCGAUAGUUGUAAUCUGUGAGAGAGCUGAUCUUCCAGCAUGUGUGUUCUAGCCUGUGACUUUAGUAAAAAAUAUGUGGUCUUCUGUAAAAUCGUUCGUUAAAGUCAUACUUUCUUUACGCUGGGUUUUAUAAAGUGACAGAAUGUCAGAUUUUAUUGCUUUGUCUUCAGUCUUAGAGAUCAGGCAAAAAGAGUUAUUUUUAGUUUUGUUAGGAAUACGGCAUACAUAUGUGCAAGUGAAGUUGAAAUGUGUACAGUGGAUAUGAUACGUUAGUUUUAACCUUUCGAGAAAUCUUCCAUCCUUGUGAUCAGUAAGAUAUAUAUCUACAUGUAAGAUUAUAUGGAACUUGUACAGAAGUUAAUAUUAAUCACUCUCCGGUCGUACAUGGGAAGGUCUGUCAGCAACCUGCGGAUGGUCAUGGGUU